AUGAAAUCUACAACUAAAAAUAUAAUUCUUGGAAAUAUACCGUAUGAUCUUACAGAGGAACAGAUAACCGAAGUAUUCAAAGAAGUAGGGCCCAUAGUAUCUUUUCGUCUUGUUUUUGACAAAGAGAAUGGAAGACCGCGUGGAUAUGGAUUUUGUGAAUAUUACGACCCAGAGACAGCAGAAAGUGCAGUAAGAAAUUUAAACAACGUUGAAAUUGGAGGGCGUCAACUGAAAGUCGAUUAUGCUGAUAAUGAUUUGCCAACUACAUCCUCCAAUUCAGCAAACAAUUCCUCACGUCAAAAUGAUAGUCUUGAAAGCAUUUCACUAGCAAUAAAACAUUCAAUGAGUAAAGCUCAACUCCUCGAGAUAUUAUCCACCAUGAAGUUGUAUAUACAAACUGAUGCAAAUCAAGCUCGUUCGUUAUUGUCACAAAAUCCUCAACUUUGCUAUGCAUUAUUUUUGAUAAUGUUAGAUCAGAAUAUUGUCGAUCAAAAUAUAUUGGCAAGUAUAAUACAUCAAAGCGCUUCACAAGGUCAACCCAUGCCUCAAUCAGUCCUAUCCAAUUAUGGUCCUCAGUCUAUUCCCAAGAUUGCAUCACCAUCAAUUCCUCAUCAACAUCAAUCGAUCUCGUUCGCUCCAAUUCCUCAACAAUCACAUAUGCAACAGCCUUCACCUAUUCGGCAAUCUUCGCCUAUUCAACAACCGCGAAUGCAUCUGCCCCCAAUGCAACAAGCUAUCAGUAUGCCGGCAAUAAAUGCUGGAAUGGUUAAUCAUUCACAGGCUGUUGCUAAUUUAACAGCAGGAAAUAUGAAUCAUUUGCAAAUGCAGGAAGCUCAAAAAUCUUUAUUAUUACAAGUCCUAAAUCUAACUCAAGCACAAAUUGAUAUGUUGCCACCAGACCAACGUAAUCAUCUAUUGGCUUUGAAACAACAACUUUUAAUCCAGACUAGACCAACUAAAAACGAAGUUCCUGAAAUUAAAUACAAUGAUAUAGAAAGUGUAAAAGAUCAAGAAAUCGCUCAUGAUUUUGAAUCGUUGGACAUUUCUGAGCCAACAAAAAAAGCAAUUCAAGAAAUGGGUUUUACAAAAAUGACAGAAGUACAAGCUAGAACUAUACCACCGUUAAUGGCAGGUCAAGAUGUAUUAGGUGCAGCAAAAACUGGAUCGGGAAAGACAUUGGCCUUCUUAAUACCAGCUGUUGAAUUAUUGCAUAAAUUAAAAUUCAAAUCAAGAAAUGGAACUGGUGUGAUUAUUAUUUCACCGACAAGAGAAUUAGCACUUCAAAUUCUUGGUGUAGCAAAAGAGUUAACCAAACAUCACAGUCAAACUUAUGGAAUUGUUAUGGGUGGAGCAAAUAGACAAGCUGAAGCUCAAAAAUUGGCUAAAGGCGUAAAUUUAUUAAUUUCAACACCGGGAAGAUUAUUAGAUCAUCUUCAGAAUACCAAGGGGUUUUUAUACAAGAAUCUUAAAGCUCUGAUUAUUGAUGAAGCUGAUCGUAUUCUAGAAGUUGGUUUUGAAGAUGAAAUGAAACAAAUAAUUAAAAUUCUUCCCAGAGAAAACCGACAAUCCAUGUUAUUUUCAGCUACACAAACAACAAAAGUAGAAGAUCUUGCAAGGAUAUCAUUAAGAGAUGGGCCAAUAUAUAUAAAUGUAGAUGGAAAAAAAGAAACUUCUACAGUGGACGGACUUGUUCAAGGCUAUGUUGUUUGUGAUAUAAAGUAUCAUGCUGAAUUGUUAAAUUAUAUUGAUGUACCAGUUUUAGAUUUACAUGGUAAACAAAAACAAACAAAACGGACAACUACCUUUUUUGAAUUCAUGAAUGCAGGGCAAGGUGUUCUUCUUUGCACAGAUGUUGCUGCUCGUGGAUUAGACAUUCCAGCUGUAGACUGGAUCAUUCAAUAUGAUCCACCAGAUGAUCCACGUGAUUAUAUUCAUCGUGUGGGAAGAACAGCUCGUGCUG